AUGGCUAUCCAACAGAUCCUUGUCGUGAGUCUCAUUGUCAUGGCUACGAUGACUGCUGUGGCCCAGCCUGUCAAUGUCACCAACCUUGUGAGGGCGAGAGAUCUCGCUGCAGGGCCAUCCAUCGACCUGUUGAAGCCUGACGACGAUGAGCAGGCCAGGAACAUCGCCAACAUUUUUGAUGAAGUGGCUGGCCUUGUAACAGGCAUCCCCAUUGGUGGUGUCGGUGAUGUCCCUGAAGGGGCAGGCGCUGUCCCCGGUGACGCGUACAACGUGCCGGCCGAUGCGUACGGCGGCAUUUCAGGCGAUAUGUACGACGCCAUUCCAGACGACGUACUUGAUGCCCUCUCUAACGGCACGCUACCUGACGAUGUCCUCGGCGCCUUACCUGACGAUGUACUUGACUCCCUUCCAGACGAUGUAUUGGACGCCCUUCCUGAGGAUGAGCCUUCUUCCACUCCAACAUAUAAUAAUGACCCCAUUGAGACGCCGUCGAGGACGUCUCCAGAAUACUCCAAGUUGACGAUCGGAUGCCGGGCGAAAGGGUGUGACAGUGUGGUCAAGAUCUACGACGUCAACAUGCCGAUGCCGACGCACAGCUGUCCGCGAGACGCGCUCGCGGCGCUAGCCAAGUGGCGUCUGUUCUGCGACAGGCCUCCGAAAUUCUUGAGUGGCUUGAUCCAGACGGAACCAAAUUGUUGGAGCAAAGCCCCUUCGAUCGACAGAUGCUGCGGCGAAUGGGUCCGGGAGGACGAUCCCAAAUAUCAGAGAUAUCCGUCGCGAUACAUCCCCACGGAGAAGGGGUUUUCAGACGAUACAUACAUCGCGGCUUGGGUAGCGCAGAAGGACGAUCAUGGAAACCGGCGCAUCGUCAAGCCGGGCUGGCACGAGUACAAUGUGAAGACGGACAGGUGUCAGUUCUGGAGGUCCGAGGAUGAUCUCGAGUUUGCAUACUUUAUCAACACGCUGCAGAACUAUGGGAUUUGGGACGUUGACGAGACGGGCAAGAUUUUGGGCCAAACCGCCUACAAUGCCGAGGGGGUCUCCCCGGGGCCGCUGAUACCAGGCUCCGACAGUGAACUGGAUAUAUCCAAGGAUUAG